UGUCAAAUUUAGGAUACAAAGAGUUGUGGACAUUAGUUGAAGAGGGUUUGCAAGACUCCAAUCUGCUGAAGCCAUACAAGUAUCGGAAGGAGACUAUGGAAAAGAAUAGGCGGAAAGAGUUUGAAGAAUAUAAAAAGAAAAUGAUUGAAUGGGCCGAAUGGAAACUUGAGCAACAUUACAGUAUUUUGAAUGGCGAAAAUCCGAAGAACGACUUAAGUCAUAUUGAAGACGAUCCCAACUACACAGACUGUUAUCAGCAUCACAAACAUUUCUGCCAACAAGUUAUCAGGGAAUUAGAAGUCAUCGACGAUUCCCAAUGGAAAAGCUCGAAGAUAAAAUUUAUUCUCGCUAGCAAUAUAGCAAGGAAAAGUCUGGUGGAUUAUCAAGGAAACGGGUCGCUUUUCUUCGCAAUUUAUAAUAAGAAGGGCAAAUCGAAGUUAACGAAAUUUUUGUCCAAUUUGAUCAAUCAAGACAAACGAAGUAGCGGUGAAACUAACACCAGUAAUGAAGCUUUUAGUAACAUUAACGACUAUGAGGAUUAUAACGGUUAUGAGGGAACUGAUGGUUCUAAUAGGUAUAAGUUAUUAAUUAAAGCCGGUAAGGCUGUGGCGAGUUUCGUUGGUUGGCCAGUUAGUUCAGAAGAUUCAGAGCAAAAUUCUUUAAAGACGUUUCUAAACGAGGAGAUUGAAGCGGCUGAGCAAGACGCAGCUAACAUAACCGACAUCGACUUUGUUUUGAAGCUAUAUGGUGACCAAGAUUUUCCUGUCUUUGAAUUUGAGAUGGAAUCUAUUAAGGAUGAGUUCUUGAAAUCAUACAAAAUAUGGAAGACAGCGAAAAAUUGGGCAACUCUUUUGAAUAGCCAGGCGAACCGUGGCUAUUAUAGAACACAUUCGGUCAAGUAUCAAGAAGAGACUGAGGCCAUGUACAAAAACAUCGCGAAUGAUUUAGCUUUAAAGCUCGAGUCAAUGUAUUCCAAGGGCAACGAAAUCGUUAUGACGGAAUUGAAAAAGAGCGAUUCUUACUAUCCAAGAUAUACUUUAUCCUACACCAUUACAAUUGAUGAACCAUCUUACAACGAACUAACUAUCAAUGAAAUCAAACUGGAUACAUAUGAAUGUGGGAGAGUUAAGCAAAAUCCGAACUUUCUACCGACUCCGAAGGCUUAUGCUGAAAGAGUCCUUCGUAUCAGUGACGAAGUUUAUGAUAUCAGGCAA